AUGAAGCUUCUUGCUUGGAAUUGUCGCGGGCUCGGGAAUGCCGCGGCAGUUCGACAAUUGACGGCAGUGGUACGCCGGUCAAAUCCCGACAUUCUAAUACUCUCCGAAACAAGGUUGGUAUUAGAAAAAUUCCAACAUCUAAUGAACAAAAUGCAUUUUACUGAGAUUUCGUAUGUUUCACCAAUUGGCCUAUCGGGGGGAUUUGGAGUUUGCUGGAAACAGGGGGUGCUAUGUAAAAUUAUGGAAGCAGACAAGAAUGUGUUGAUUGGUACGAUUGAGUCCGACCCUCCGGGGAUUAGCUGGAAUUUUAUGGGUAUUUAUGGUCCCCCAUCUAUGACAGGGAGAGAGCUUUUUUGGAACAGAAUUGGCGACAUGUUAGCUAAUGGAUCGUCCCCAACAGUUCUUCUAGGAGAUUUAAACGGAACUCUUGCGGAUCAUGAAUGUCUAUACUACACAAACCAGAACAAUGCAGCAAGAUAUUCCUUUGAUUUAAGAAGAAUGGUGGCUAGGAUUGGUUUGAUUGACCUUGGAUGUCUCGGAGGUAAAUUUACAUGGUUCCAAAAGACUUCAAACUCUACUGGAAGCAAUGCGAUUAGAAGAGCGCGUUUGGACAGGGCGUUGGCGUCCACUGACUGGAGAAUUCUUUUUCCAAAUGCCAUUGUUGAGCUUCUCACAGUUAGUACCUCAGAUCACAAACCAAUUCUCUUGAAUACUGAUGGAGGAGUAAGAUGUACAAAGGCUCAAUUCAAGUAUGAGCUGAUGUGGGGUCGUGAUCCCAGAUGCUUCUGGGUGGUUCGCAACGCUUGGCGAGAAAGAUUACACCAUAACCCAAUGGUGAAUCUAUAUCGAAAACUAAAAAGAACUAGAGAUCAUCUACAAAGAUGGAACAAGACACACUUCAAGAAGAUACAUCAGCAGGUCACUGAAGCAAAGAAUGAUUUGGCAAAGAUUGAAAGCAAUGAUCAGGUGCAGUUGUCGACGCUGGGUGAUGCGAGGGCUAAGUUAAAUGAGGCGCUUCGUAGAGAAGAAGUGUUUUGGAGACAAAAAUCUCGGGUUACUUGGCUGCGAGAUGGUGAUCACUGCACGAAAUUUUUUAUGGCCUCCACAGUGGUUCGACGUCGAAAGAACUAUAUUCAGACUAUAAAGAAUGAUAAUGGGGAGUGGAUUAUGGAUCAGAAGGCUAUUGCAGAGGCAUUCGUCUCGAGAUUCAAUUCCAUUUUCACCAGAAAUCCCCUCCUAUCUGUGCCAGACGAAAAUUUUCUGGCUAAUAUGAGUAUCAAUGAACAAGAUAACAGGAGGCUGGUAUGCAUCCCAACCGAAAAAGAAAUUGAAGGCAGUCUUAGAUCAAUGGGGCAUGACAAGGCACCGGGCCCGGAUGGGAUGUCGGCGGGCUUCUAUCUUCAACAUUGGAGUGUGGUCAAGAUGGACUUCAUUGACAUGGUUUCCCACUUUUUUACGAGUUUGGAACUUCCCCAAUUCAUAAACAACACUAAUAUUGUCUUAAUUCCGAAAAAAGAUUGCCCAUUGGGGGUGAAUGAUUUCAGGCCUAUCGCCCUCUGCAACGUAGCGUAUAAAUGUAUUUCAAAAAUCCUGGCGAUCCGCUUAAAGCACCUCCUUCCUUCCAUCAUCUCACCUGAACAAACAGCAUUUGUGCAUGGAAGAUUGAUAGCGGAAAACACAGCGGUGGCUCGUGAAAUUGUCCACUCCAUGAAAAAGAAAAAAGGCAAGAAAGGUUUUAUGAUGAUCAAAUUAGACAUGGAAAAGGCAUAUGACAAAAUGGAUUGGGAAUUCAUUCUCAAUACAUUGAAGGGGCUUGGCUUUCACCAAAACUUUGUGAGAUGGGUGGAAAAGUGCAUUCAAAUCAGAAAGUUGGGCUUACUCAUCAAUGGAUCGGUCCAAGGAAUGGUUUCUCCGUCGUGUGGGCUGCGACAAGGUGAUCCUCUCUCUCCGGCUUUGUUCAUUAUAGCAGCGGAUGUAUUAUCUAGACUUAUCACAACAAGGAAAGAUGAAGGGAAGUUAGCAGGCUUCAGAAUUUCAAGAGAAGGGCCAGCCAUUACUCACCUCAUGUUUGCUGACGACGUGAUCUUGUUUGGCCGUGCAUCUGUUAAGGAAGCUAAAGGCUUCAUUAAGUGCCUUGAAGAAUAUUGCUCGUGGUCGGGACAAGCUGUAAAUUACCAAAAGUCCACUGUAUUUUUCACUAAAGGUGUUUCGGCAACCAAUGCAAGGGAUAUCACAAGUAUGCUUAAUAUGAAGAGAAUGAAAGAAGAUGCUACAUACUUGGGACUUCCCCUCUUCAGAUCCUUAAAUAGGUCGAGAGAUCUCCGAUUCUUGGUAGAUAGGGCGCUGCAGCGAGUUAAAAGUUGGAAAACCAGACUUCUUUCGAAAGCUGGUAGAGCUUGCUUAAUUCAGUCGGUAGGAUCGUCGGUAGCAACAUACGUCGCUGCCUCUGAUCCAAUACCUCUCAAUAUUGCGCAUAAAGUGGACAGAUGUCUAAGAGAUUUCUGGUGGGGAGAUACUGAGGAGAGACGAAAACUUCACCUAUUGGCUUGGAACGCAAUAUGUCAAUCCAAAAUGAGAGGAGGAUUAGGAUUCAGAAGUGUUAGUAUUAUAAACAAAGCCUUCAUGACCAAAUGGGCCUGGAAAGCUCUCACAGAUAACUCAAGUGUAUGGAGCAAAGUAGUGAAUGCAAAAUACUUAAAAGGAAGGGAGUUUCUCAAUCUAGAGAGAAAUGGUGAUGAAUCGGCUAUGUGGAAAGCUGUCCUUCAGGCUCGUGAGGUCCUUGAACAAGGAAUCUGUAAAAAAAUUGGGAAUGGUGCUAAGACAUCGAUCUGGUUCGAUCCUUGGGUUCCCUCUUCUAACCGUACCCCCACGCCUCUCAAGGAUGUGUCUCACGGGAUAGCUUGGGUCAAACAAUUCGUCCUAAGUAACAACAGAUGGAAUGCUCAAAUGAUCAAAGAGUGGUUCAGCCCGGUGGAUGCUUCUGCAAUCCUAAACAUUGAUCUACCGGAUGAGGCAAUCGAAGACUCCUGGGUUUGGAUGGGUGAACCGAAUGGUAAAUUCAGCAUAAGGUCAGCGUGUCGAAUUUUGAAAAGAGAUACAGAGGUUAAUGGCGAUAGUGAGGUCUGGAAACUUAUUUGGAACUCGCCACUUCACACAAGAUUGAAAUUUGUCUGGUGGCAACUCAUUCGAGACAUCUUCCCCACGAAAGAUAAGCUGGCCCCUUUUGUCGAUGGCAUCACGGGCACAUGUCUCCUUUGUAGGGAAGAAGCUGAAAACUCUCUUCAUCUCUUUUGGAAAUGUACUUUCACCAAAGCCAUUUGGUUUAGUAUUGGAUGGGGUAUUCGAACUGAAAUGGUGACUGCAACCGACUGGAAGCAAUGGAUGGAGGGGUUCUGGAAGGGCCCAAACCUCCCUCCUAAUAUUGAUUUCUAUGAUUUCAUGGUCACGUGUCUGUGUAUUGUGGAAUCAGUGUGGAAAGAAAGAAACCGCAGAGUCCAUGGAGAGAUGGAAAAGGAUAUAAUGCAGAUUUCAAGGUCUAUACGGCAAAAGAUUAAUGAUCAUAUCAUGGUCUCUGAGAAGAUAGUUCAUGAAAUCACUGAGUGGAGGCCACCCCCUUUGGAUUGGGUCUGUUGCAACUCGGAUGUCGCAGUCUCUCCUGUUGGGUCUAUCCUCUCUGCUGUAAUUCGAGAUGAUAUGGGAAAUAUUAUCUCUAUUUCCUCUCAAGAAAGUAGAGUGACUCUUCCAAAACUGGCUGAAGCAAAAGCGGUCUGUUUGGCAGCGGAAAAAGCGAAAGAUUUGGGGCUGAAGAAAAUCAUGUUCCAAAGUGACAACAUCGGUGUAGUGAAGGCGUUCGAGGCAUCUAUGGAUAUAUGUAUGGACUUCAUGCUGCAGGAUUCGAAGGUGAGGUUCAACAACAUUUGCUCGAAAUUCAGUGAUUGGGGGAUUGUCCAUGUCUCUCGCAAGUGCAAUUACAUGGCCCAUAAUAUUGCAAAAUGGGCGGCUGUGAAGAAUGUCCUGGGAAACAUCUGCCAAGAGGAAGUUGAGGACUCUGUCCUUGAUGAUCUCAGGGAGUGGGAGCCUGUUUUAGGGAGGGACACCUUAGGAUCAGGAGAUGUUACUAGCUAG